GGAACAGGACUGCAGCAUUAAAGGACAGAAAAGCAAUCAGCCAUCUGCUUGCAGCAAAUGAAUUUAGAUGCUUCAGAUGAUGAAACUAUUGAGAAGGCAAGUGCUAACAGGACAGCAGCACACCAAGGUCCAGAUUCCAAACCUGCUGUGAAAAAGAAAAGAAAACAGCCUACAGAGUGUUUCCUAAGUCAGCAUGAAGAAAAACAAGAGACCGUUGUAAAGGCAAAGAGGAGAAAGAAGAAGAAGAUUUCUGAUAUCCUGCAACAAUCUGCUCCAAAGCCUGGUGUCCCUGCAGAUCUACAAAACCUGCUUAGUCAGCAUUUUGGUGAAAACCGUUCAGUGAUUGAAAUAGAGGAAUUAAAGCUGUCAGAUUCCUGUUUUUUGCCAGCCAAUGAUCUCACCCACAGUUUUUCUUCAUACCUGAAGGAAAUCUGUCCUAAGUGGGCAAAACUCCGUAAAAACCACAAAGAGAAGAAGUCGGUGAUGAUGCUGGUUAUCUGCAGUUCUGCUCUUCGUUCCUUGGAACUCAUCAAGUCAAUGACAGCAUUUAAAGGAGACUGCAAAGUCCUCAAGUUGUUUGCAAAGCACAUAAAGAUAAAAGAACAGAUGAAUAUGUUGGAGAAAAGUGUGUUCCACAUUGGGGUUGGAACUCCUGGGAGAGUAAAAGCUCUAGUGGAGCAAGAUGGCCUGUGCUUGAACUCCACCAAAUAUAUUAUUCUGGAUUGGAACUGGAGAGAUCAGAAACUAAGGAGAAUGAUGGACAUCCCUGAGAUAAAGAAAGAAACAAUUGACCUACUGGAGAUGAGUAUUAUAAAGCUGUGCAGAGAGGGGUCUGUGAAGCUGGGACUUUUUUAAUGAGUUUGCCAACAAGGAAGCAAUUUGCAGCUGCAUUUUACUAUUACCCUGUCUGCAAUUGGCAAGUGAUGAGCAGGCGAUGGAAUCAAGAAUUUUGACUUUUCAGAG